AAUGAGCACUGCACAAAAAAUAAAAAGAAGAUAGUAGCCAUCAGAAUAGAUGGGAUUUUGUGUUUAAUGUUUAAAUUUCAUACCAAUUACUUAAAUUGAUCUUCACUGUCGUAGCUGCAUGCAAAAUACAAACAAACUCAAUACCUAAAUUGAUUAAAUCUCAUAAUAAUUACUCCAUAUAAAAACAAUAGCUAUUAAAGGAGCAGAGAAAUUAGAUGAUAAUAAUGAAAAAUACAAAUUCCUUAUAAGAAUAUAGGAGCUAAGUACACAAAUUGAUGCCAUUAGAUGCUAUAAUAGUUAGAGUGUCAAAAAAUUAAGAGACAUUGAAAGUGAAGUAAAUGUACUGAUAGCAUAUCCUUAAGCAUCAAUUACUAUAAUGAUGUUGUUAAGUAGAUUAUUAGCUUUAGUGAAAGAGAAAUUAAUGUUACAAAAUCAGAAAAAGCUUGUCUCUUAAAAUUCAUUUCCAUAGGGAGUUGAUACUAGAAUAAAGACUGAAUCUUAAUGUUAGGAAGCCAGUGAAGCUGAAUAUACAUAUAGACAAUACAAAUCAGAAAGAGAUAUAAGAAAAGUAUCUGAAUUUAAAAGAACAUUUUAUUCUAAAUGUUUAGAAUUGAAACUUCAGCUUUCAAAGAAUGAUCCUGCUUAAUCUAUUCUAGUUUAAGAUCUAUUUUAAAUAGUAGUUAAAGAGAAUUACAAUCAGGAGGAAGCAGUAAGAUUUGUAAGAAAAUGUUUUCAAGUAGGAAAAAUUAUUUAAGUAUGA